AUGGAUGAUACAGCCUGUAAGAGCUCGAAGCCUAAAUCCGCUGUUCCACCUCGUCUGUUGAACGGGAGUUCUUCGCUCAAUUCCACCAUGAACUCUCGUGGUGCUCGCGAAAGGGAGAGUCUCAACUCAUCUAUUCGCUCCUCAUUUGCCCCUCGUAUCCCGGCAGAGUUCAAUUUGCCAGAAACCGUCGCACACCCUAUCGACGAGUCUACCCCGGUCACUAACGAAUCGCAUACGGUCUCAGGCGCGGUGAAACCGUCAUUGAAUGACCCGCCUCGUGAUCCAAGAGAUGACACCCGGGCGUUGACCCCACCGUCGACAGCUAGCCGCCCAGCAAGUCCUUACACUCUAUAUCCUCCAAUCGAUUUUGAUGGACUGAGCUGGCCCUGCCCCGGCACAAGGGCGCGGUUAGAGUCUUCGCCCGAGGAAACUGAAGAACGAGUUCAAAAAUUGGCAGGAGCAGUGAGAACCAUUCUGGAGUGCAUUGGAGAGGAUCCGGAGAGAGAAGGUUUGCGGGAGACCCCAGAGAGAUAUGCCAAAGCCAUGCUCUACUUCACCAAAGGCUACGAGGAGAAUGUCAGGGAUCUGGUCAAUGGCGCAGUUUUCCACGAGGACCACGAUGAGUUAGUUAUUGUCAAGGAUAUCGAGGUCUUCUCUCUAUGUGAACACCACAUGGUUCCCUUCAUGGGAAAGAUGCAUAUCGGCUAUAUCCCUGAUCGCCGUGUUCUUGGGCUUUCCAAAUUGGCGCGCCUGGCGGAAAUGUUCUCCCGGAGACUGCAGGUGCAGGAGCGCCUUACAAAACAAGUCGCGCUCGCCAUAUCGGAUGUCUUGAAGCCAUUAGGUGUUGGUGUCGUCAUGGAGUCCUCGCACCUUUGUAUGGUUAUGCGCGGUGUGCAAAAAACAAGCAGCACCACCACGACGAGCUGUAUGUUGGGAUGCAUGCGAUCUAGCGCAAAGACCAGAGAGGAAUUUUUGACUCUAUUGCACCGGAGAUAA